AUGCCUCCCCGCCGCUCACCGUCGCCGCUUCUAAGUUCACCGUUGCUCAUCAUCCUGUUCCCCAUUAUCGUCUCCAUCAUCCUCUUCUACGCCAUCCCUCAAUUCCUCUCCUUCACCUCUCAACUACUCCGCCCCACCAUUUCCGUCAAGAAAAGUUGGGACUCCCUCAACGUGUUUCUCGUCAUUUUCGCAAUCCUAUGCGGCGUCUUCGCCAAGCUAAACGACGACGCAUCAUCCUCUGAAGAAGAUCGCAUUCCCGACACUAAUUUUCCGCACCCCUUGGACAACAUUCGUACAAACAGAGCCAACAUAUCGGAAUCGGAAUCGGAAUCAGCUGCAUCCCUACUUCCGCAACAAUGGUUUGGAUAUUCAAAUAGCAGGACGCCUGAAUCCGGCGGCGACCGGUUGAGGAGGAGCAGCAGCUCCUACCCGGAUCUGAGGCCACUCGGGCAGGACUCGGUGUGGGAAACUCGGGAUCACAACAAGUCGCAGUUUCCCUUUUUCGACGACUUCGAAAUCGGCGAUUACCAUCGUGUCCCGCCAGUUUCACACCAACGGCGACCCAAGGAGUACUCUGAUGUAAUUAAGGAGAUUCCGGUGGAUACUUUUUUGCUUCACUCUUCUCCUCCGCUGCCAUCCAAGCCUUCGACGCCACCACCUCCGCCUCGUAAUCAGAAACCGAGGAGGACGUAUCAGACUGUUGGACGGAGAGAUCAAAAGACAGAGAAAGCAGUUAAUAAAAAUGUUAUUAAUGAGGCUGAGGAGUUGGAGAAAGUUCGAACUCCGCCACCGACGCCGCCGCCUCCGCCGCCACGUCCGGCCGCGCCGCCGUCACCAAUUCGGAUUAGAUCAGACCCGAAGCGUAGAAAGAGCAAUGUGAAGAAGGAGAUAGCGAUGGUUUGGGCUUCGGUUCUGUCUAACCAGAAAAAGAGGAAGAAGCAGCACAAGGUCACGGGUACCAGAAACUUUUACGAAACCGCUGCUUCUCCGCCUGAACACGAACAAGAAGACCGAGAAGGGGAAUAUUUUUUCACAAGACAGCCACCAUCCCCACCUCCUCCACCGCCCCCUCCGCCGCCGCCACAUUCUGUGUUUCACAAUAUAUUCAAAAAGGGAAUGAGCAAAACUAAGAAAGUUCACUCCGUCUUGACGCCUCCGACUCCGCCACCACCGCCACCGCGGCCGGCAUUGCUAAAACACAAGAGUUGGAAUACUAGUUUCCCGCUGGCACCACCAACUCCGCCUAAACAACCGCCUCCGGCUACUUCCCGGCCGCGACACUCCGCCUCCAGUGGCCGGCCCCCGUUGCCAACAAAGGCGAACAGUUAUUUACACGAUGGGAAUGUGAAUAGCGGCUGCCGGAGUCCGUUAAUUCCUGCGGCGCCUCCACCACCUCCACCGUUUAAAAUGCCAGAGCUGAAGUUUUUUGUGCGCGGGGAUUUUGUUAAGAUACAGAGCGCGCAGAGCUCGCGCUGUGGAUCUCCUGAACUGGAGGACGUUGACGACGUUGAUGCAUCUCCACGUAAGGAAGAAGACAUGAAGUCAAAGUCAGAAGUACAGAGUAAAGUCAACGCGAUGGACGGCGGCGGCGGAUCCUCCGUGUUCUGCCCUAGCCCAGAUGUUAAUACGAAAGCUGAUAACUUCAUUGCUAGGCUGAAAGAUGAGUGGAGGCUUGAGAAGAUGAACUCAAUGAGGCAGAAAAAGAAGAUGCCCUAA